GGCCAGUUUUUUUUUGCCACAGUGAUAAUUGUAGGCUUAUAUAGAGGAAUUCCCACCAUGACCAACGAGCAGAGUCACAGCAAAGCAAAGCAAAAGGAAUCCCAUAUUAAUCUAUCUAGUGAAAAUAUGGAGUCAAUUAGGAAAAACUUGAAGUUGGAGCUCAUGGGGAUUUUCCUUUUGAAUGUGUUUGUGUUUUCUGUGCAGCAGACCACCAUUCCUACCAUUAACUGGGUUCUCAACGAAACUUCAUACACCCGGUUAUGCAGCACGAAGAAGAUCUUGACAGUAAACGGACUAUUUCCAGGGCCUGCUCUGCGUGUCCACAAGGGUGAUAGAAUGACAGUGAAUGUUGAAAAUCAAGGGAGAUACAAUGUCACCGUUCAUUGGCAUGGACUGAAGCAACCACGAAAUCCAUGGUCGGAUGGGCCAGAGUACGUGACACAGUGCCCCAUUAAACCAGGCGCUAAUUUCAGUUAUGAUCUCAAUUUCUCCUCAGAGGAAGGAACUAUAUGGUGGCAUGCCCAUAGUGAUUGGUCUCGAGCCACAGUCCAUGGUCCUAUAAUUGUGUACCCUGAAAAUGGGACCACCUAUCCGUUUUCGCAGCCUGAUGACGAGUUCCCCAUUAUUUUGGGAUCAUGGUUUAAGGGCGAUGUAAUGGAGAUAAUUCAAGCCGCCCUUGAGGGUGGAGGUGAACCAAAUAAGUCAGAUGCUUUAACUAUCAAUGGUCAGCCAGGUGAUCUAUACAAUUGUUCCAAACAAGGAACGUAUAAGAUCAUGUUCGAUUAUGGAAAGACCUAUCUACUUCGACUAAUCAAUUCAAUAAUGAACGAAGAAAUGUUCUUCAUGAUAGCUCAACAUAAUUUUACAGUCGUCGGGGCGGACGGGGCCUAUAUCAAACCUUUAGAAACCGAUUUUAUCUUCAUAGCCCCGGGACAAACCAUGGACGUCCUAAUCAAAGCAAAUCAGUCCCUAAGUCACUAUUACAUGGCAGCAAGAGCAUACGCAGGUGUCGUAUACGAUAACACCACCACAACUGCAAUAAUCCAGUACAACGGGAACUACACGCCCCCAUCAACACCCGCAUUUCCCAACCUUCCAGAUUAUAAUGAUACCGACGCGACAACGAUUUUCACCCGUCAGCUUAAAGCCUUGGCGAGUGAGGAUCAUCCCAUCGACGUCCCCAAAACAGUCGAUGUACAAAUGUUUGUGACAAUUUCGGUUAACACAGUGCCCUGUGAUACCAAUUCUUCUUGCGAAGGGCCCAAUGGUACGUCCAAACUCGCGGCGAGCUUGAACAACAUAAGUUUUGUGCACCCCGAAGUGGAUUUAUUGCAGGCAUAUUAUAGAAACCUUGAGGGGAUUUAUGAGACGAAUUUUCCCAAUAUGCCAGCUACGGUUUUUAAUUACACAGCUGAUGAGUUUCCGGAUGAGUUGUUGUUACCCGAAAAGGCGACAAAGGUGAAGGUUGUAGAGUAUAAUUCAACUGUGGAGAUAGUGUUCCAGGGGACUAAUCUGAUGCAAGCGGCAGAGAAUCAUCCGAUGCACCUGCAUGGGUAUAGCUUUUAUUUGAUCGCAAAGGGGUAUGGGAACUUUGACAAUGCCACGGAUCCUGAUUUGUAUAAUUUGGUGGACCCACCUGAGGUCAACACUGUUGGAGUCCCUAAAAAUGGAUGGGCUGUCAUCAGAUUUAGAGCUGAUAAUCCAGGGGUAUGGUACAUGCAUUGUCAUUUAGAAAGACAUUCUAGUUGGGGAAUGGAUACAGUUCUAAUUGUGAAGAAUGGGAGCACCGAAGCAACGAGCAUGCUGCCUCCUCCAAAUUACUUGAAUCCUUGCUAAGGUUUUCACUUUUGCUUCUUCAUUUGGAAGGGAUAUAUAUAUUCCAAGCAGGCCAGGCCAGGCUCGAUCGAAUGAUUGGAUCUCCUCUAGCUAUUAGUUUGAUGUUGAUGUAAUUAUAAAAUGUGAAUGCAUGUUGUCGUAGUCGUCUUCAUCUUUUUGGAAUAUCUAUCUAUCAAUGCGUGUAUUAGAGGAACGCACUAUAUAUAGGGGGUGUUUGAGAGCCUAUAUAUUUUUUGGCUUUUCAUUUCCAACUUUUUGUCUUUUUGGCUUUUGGGAUUAUGAUCAGAAUAUAUUUUGUAUAUGAUAGAGUGUUUGGAUGAUAUGUACAGAAUGCAUUUUGCAACAGAAAUAAUGUUGGGGAGAUAUGGAAUGAAAAUAAAUUAUGGAUUGGUUUUUUACUA